AUGUGGCUGCUCUCGGGGCACCACGUGCACAGCACCCGCGCACCGCUCCGGGCUCCUGGGACGAAGCCGCCGCGCUGGGCUCGCAGGGAAGACAGCAGCGAGGAAGUCGGCACGGGGCAGGAGAUGGGUGCUUCCCAACCCCCGUCUCCCCAGGCUCCGCACGCUCUGUUUGCAAGACAUGCCCGUCUGUGCAAGCCAAGACCCAUCUCCACGCUGGGGAAGGGCCCUGUGUGCCCAACAGCAGAAGCAGCAAACCUCCCUCCUUUGACAGAGGCGCAGAAGAACAAACUGAGACACCUCUCAGUUGUCACUCUGGCUGCCAAGAUCAAGUGCAUCCCCUACUCAGUGCUGCUGGAGCAGCUGCAGCUGAAGAACGUGCGGCAGCUGGAGGACCUCGUCAUCGAGGCCGUGUAUGCAGAUGUGCUGCGUGGGAGCCUGGACCAGCGGAACCAGCGCCUGGAGGUGGAUUACAGCAUUGGGCGGGACAUCCGAAGGGAGGAGCUAAGCACCAUCACCCGCACCUUGCAGGAGUGGUGUCAAGGUUGUGAAGCUGUCUUGUCAGGCAUUGAGGAACAGGUUAGCCGAGCCAACCAGCACAAAGAGCAACAGCUGGCACUUAAGCAGCAGAUAGAGAGUGAGGUGGCAAAUCUGAAGAAGACAAUUAAAGUGACAACAGCGGCUGCUGCCACAUCUCAAGACCCAGAACAGCAUCUAACAGAGCUCAGGGAGCCAGCUCCGGGCACCAACCAGCGCCAGGCUAGCAAGAAAACUUCCAAAGCCAAAGGACUCCGGGGCAGUGCGAAGAUUUGGUCUAAAUCAAACUAGCUGGAUCUUCCUUCACAACUAGGAGGGUGAGAGGUAGAGAUUUUUGGGGGGAAGGGGUGGUAGCAAGUGUCCCAAGUAUGGUGCUUCAGAACUCAUCUCCAAGAUCCAUGUCUCCAACUAAUUCUGCUGCAUGUUUGUUCUCUCUCCUGUCUUUUUUCUUUCCAGGCAGUCUGUCCUUCUUCUAGCAUAG